UGGUGGCUGAGGCCGUGAAAACAGCCUCGUGCCCAGAGCUUUCCCUUACUCCGGCUCCGACCGGCGGCCUUACUUUUCUCCUGAGGGGCUUCAGCCUCACCUUCAGGUUUACGCAACAUUACUCCGUACGAGGCUGAAGAAUAGCAGGGGAGCACGAGCCGAGCCCUUUGGAGCUAGCUCAGAUAACCUGGCAGGGGCCGACACUUCACACCACCAACGAUAGACUGGAGCAUUAUUUACGCCCGGCGCUUGCAUGGAAAUAACGAAUGGAUAAGAAUUGCAUUAGUAACAUGAAUGCUGACUUCAACCCCAGCUCCUCCUUUGUCACUGUUCGGACCGUUGUUCUCAUUUCACGAUCUCCCAAGCAGACCACCUUCUUCUUUUGAUGACUUCAUUUCUGCAUUUGGAUACAUGUUUGUGAGGGAUUUACGAUCGUUCCUCGGCUGGGGUAUCACGUCGGCCUCACCGCUUCAAUUCCCAACAGAAGGGUUGAUGGAUUUCAAAAUAAAAAAUGAGCAUAUUCUUUUUGUUUUGUGCGUCGCGUCGCCCCGCUUCUCCUUUGCCAGAGUCUCACAUGUCCCCGGCACCUCUGUCGGUGGAUGUGAUACAUCUCACUCCACACGUUCGCUUCACCAGACUCGUCAUUUGCCGCGCGGGGUUAUCGCGUCCACCGCGGCCCCUAUCUUAAACACCGCGCAGGAGCGAGGAAGUUCUCCCAGAGACCUCAAGCGAUUAAAAGAUUCCAAGGUUUCGGAUGCACGUUUACAUUUCCGUCAUCCUCGGCCCCAUACAUUGAAACGAUGUACGAAAAGUGUAGAUGCACCUACCAUUACUAUUCGUUCAACGGAAUUUGCUCGCGGUGAUGGUGAUACCACCCCCAUCCUGAUCCUUUUUUCGUGUGCACCUUCAUCUCCGAGCAUCUUGGCCCCAGAUAAAUCGUGCACACAGAAGUCAAACACCCCUACUUUUCAUUGCUUACAAGAAGACCACGCACGUGACGCACAUGGUACCAAAAAGCGCGCUUCAAACACGCAAAACAUGUUCAGGCUAGAGCAAACGAAAAGAAUACAACCAAAGUUCCAAUAUAGUUGCUUACGUGGUGUGGACGGGAUCAACACGACCUCAAAUCGCAACACCUGCAUUCUACUUUUGCACAUAUUACUUAAAAUCACCAAGUGUCAAACACAUGUCUCUAAAUAUGCCACCUGGAAUCCGAAAUCUGCAAUCCAGAACCAUAUGGCUUCUCAAAGCUUACGAGACAGGAAACAUGGCGUUCCGAAUCUCGGAUGCUUACCUUACUACGGAACAACACUGUUUGAGGAUCAAAUAUGUAUUAUUUUGGGAGCUAGGAUUGUCAUUGUAUCUACAGGGUCGAGAAGGCGCAGGGCUGAGCCUCCUUAG